AUGGGGCACAAGGGAUGCCUGCGCAUCCUGCUGGUCUGCGAGCUGGAGGGCAAGGCGCUGCAGUGCCGCGUGGAGCACCUGCUGAGCGCCGUGGAGAGCGAGCUGCAGGCGGGCAGCGAGAAGGGCGACCCCACGGAGCGCGAGCUGCGCGUGGCGCUGGAGGAGGGCGAGCUGUGGCUGCGCUUCAAGGAGCUCACCAACGAGAUGAUCGUCACCAAGAACGGCAGGAGGAUGUUCCCGGUGCUCAAGGUGAGCGUGUCGGGGCUGGACCCCAACGCCAUGUACUCCUUCCUGCUGGACUUCGCGGCGGCCGACGGGCACCGCUGGAAGUACGUGAACGGCGAGUGGGUGCCGGGCGGCAAGCCCGAGCCGCAGGCGCCCAGCUGCGUCUACAUCCACCCCGACUCGCCCAACUUCGGCGCGCACUGGAUGAAGGCGCCCGUCUCCUUCAGCAAGGUCAAGCUCACCAACAAGCUCAACGGCGGCGGGCAGAUCAUGCUGAACUCCCUGCACAAGUACGAGCCCCGCAUCCACAUUGUCCGCGUGGGCGGCCCGCAGCGCAUGAUCACCAGCCACUCCUUCCCGGAGACGCAGUUCAUCGCCGUGACGGCCUACCAGAACGAGGAGAUCACAGCUUUAAAAAUUAAAUACAAUCCCUUUGCAAAGGCAUUUCUUGAUGCAAAAGAAAGAAGUGAUCACAAAGACAUGAUGGAGGAAGUAGGAGACAACCAGCAGUCUGGGUAUUCCCAAUGUAGCUGGCUCAUUCCUGGAAGCGGGACUCUGUGCCCCCCCGCCAAUGCUCACGCUCAGUUUGGAGCCCCGCUGCCGCUCUCCCCCGCUCAUGGCUGUGAAAGGUACUCAGCGCUGAGGAACCACCGCUCUGCCCCCUACGCCAGCCCCUACACCCAUAGGAACAACUCGCCAACAACCUAUGCCGACAAUUCCUCUGCCUGCCUUUCCAUGCUGCAGUCCCAUGACAACUGGUCCAGCCUAGGAGUUCCUGCACACACGGCUAUGCUGCCCAUGACUCACAGCAGUGGCACAGCUACCAGCUCCAGCCAGUACGCCAACCUGUGGUCGGUGAGCAGCGGCAGCGUGGCGCCGGCGUCGCAGGCGAGCGGCGUGCCCGGCGGCCUGGGCUCCCAGCUGCUGCGCGCCUCGCCGGCGCACUACCCCGCGCUGCCGCACGCCGCCGCCUCGCCGCUCUACGACGGCGGCGCCGGCACAGACCUUGCCGAGGGCCCCUACGAGGCCUCGGCCUCGGCCUCGGCGCACGCCCGGCUCGCCGCCACCUGGACGCCCGUCAGCCCGCCCUCCAUGUAG